AGUUUGCAGUACAUCUGAGUUAACAAAGUGGUAUCAGAGCGGGUUGCAAGCUGUAACCAAGAGAGAUUUGUGUGAUUCGUGAGUAAGUAAAGAGUGAUUCUCUGGGUUGGGAAACACGAGUGAACAAGUGAGGCAAGAUAUUUCCUGGUGAGAGCUCAAAUAUGAGUGAAAGCAGCUUUGCUCAGGUCUGUAUACCCAAGUUUGAUGGGGAUUUCGACCACUGGAGCAUGCUGAUGGAGAACCUUCUGCGAUCUAAAGAAUACUGGGCAGUGGUUCAGGAUGGAAUAAGGGAGCCUGCACAAGGAGAGGAGCUGACUGAGGCUCAGCAAAGAGUCCUGGAGGAAAGGAGAUUGAGAGAUCUCAAGGCAAAGAAUUACUUAUUCAGCUCCAUUGACAAGAGCAUUUUGAAGACAAUUACUCAAAAGGCAACAGCCAAGGAGCUGUGGGAUUCAAUGAAAACAAGGUAUCAGGGCAGUGAAAGGGUGAAGAAGUCACAACUCCAGAGUCUCAGGAGAAGUUUUGAACUGCUGCAAAUGAAGGAGGGAGAGUCUGUUACAGACUAUUUUGGAAGAGUAAUGACUGUGGCCAACUCUAUGAGGAACUGUGGAGAGAUGAUGCCAGAUGUGAAGAUAGUGGAAAAGGUACUGAGAACACUGACUGCAAAAUUCAAUUUCAUAGUCUGUUCUAUAGAAGAGUCCAAGGACAUAGAAGAAUUGAGUGUUGAAGCUUUGCAAAGCUCAUUGCUUGUGCAUGAGCAAAAGUUUAUUAAGCAAUCUGAGGAAGAACAGGCUUUGAAGGUGACUUUUGAGUAUGGAGGAAGAGGUGGACGAGGUCCAGGGAGAGGCAUGUAUCAGGGUAGAGGAAGGGGAAGAGGAAGGGGAUUGAAUCGUGACUUGGUAGAAUGCUUUAAAUGUCACAAACUGGGACAUUUUAAGGCAGAAUGCCCUGAGUGGUAUGGCAAUCACCAAACACACUAUUCAAGUCACAGUUCCAAUCCUAAUCAGUCACAAUUCAACCACCCUGACAUGACUGAAGAUGUUCUACUCAUGGCUUUUGUCGAGAAGAAAGAAGAAGAAGCAGGAGUGGAUCUGCAGAAUUCAAUGGCCUUUCUGGACUCACAGCUUGAAGAGACAAGGGAUACCUGGUGGUUUCUUGAUUCUGGCUGCAGCAACCACAUGAGUGGAGAAAAGCAGUGGUUCACUACCAUGGAAGACAAUGAUGAUUGCAAUGUGAAGUUGGGCAAUGGAUCGAGGCUUACAGUUGCUGGCAAAGGCACAGUCAGGAUAGUGGUAGAUGGAGUUUCUCUGGCAAUCAGUGAUGUGUUCUAUGUUCCAGGGCUCACUACAAACCUGCUGAGCGUAGGACAAUUACAAGAGAAGCAGUUGAACUUUGUCUUCAAAGAAGGAACUUGCAAAAUCUAUCAUGAAGAGAAGGGAUUGUUGCUGCAAACAACAAUGAAGACCAACAGAAUGUUUGUUCUGCACUCUCAGAAGCAGACUAACAGUUCUAACAAUAAUCAUCACUGUUUGCACCAAACUGAAGCCAGUAACAAGCUAUUCAAUCUCUGGCAUAGGAGAUUUGGACAUCUAAACAGCAAAAGCCUACUGCAGAUGAAGAAAAAGGAGGUUGUGCAAGGAUUACCUCAGCUGCAAGGAGACCUGGGAGUCUGCUCCACCUGCCAGAUUGGAAAGCAACACAGAGCCAGCUUUCCUAAGCAAAGCACAUGGAGAGCAACCAAGAGACUCCAGCUGAUUCAUGCUGACCUAUGUGGACCAAUCACACCAGUGUCCAAUGGGGGAAAAAGAUACAUUCUCACUAUCACUGAUGACUUCAGCAGGAAGUUGUGGGUGUAUUUCUUGGAAACAAAAGCAGAAACUCUAAGUUGUUUCAAGAAAUACAAAGCUCAAGUAGAAAAAGAAGCUGGUGAACCUAUUGUGUGUCUCAGAACUGAUCGAGGAGGGGAAUUUCUUUUGAAUGAGUUCAAAGGAUUAUGUGAAGCUGAAGGCAUAAGGAGGCAACUGACUGCUGCAUUGACUCCCCAACAGAAUGGGGUUGCUGAGAGGAGGAACAGGACCAUAAUGAACAUGGUCAGGUGCUCCAUGGCUGAUACAAGAGUCCCUGCAACAUUCUGGCCAGAGGCUGUGGCAUGGACCAGUCACAUUUUAAACAGAAGUCCUACCUCAGCAAACUCUGGAAAAACACCACAUGAGCUCUGGUCAGGUAAACCUCCAGCUGUUGGUCAUUUUAAAGUGUUUGGAUGUGUAGCAUAUGUCCAUGUGAAUGAUCACCUGAGGAAGAAAUUGGAUGCCAAAAGUAUACAGUGCUACUUCCUAGGCUUAUCCACUGAGUCUAAGGCUUAUAAACUGUAUAAUCCUGUUACCAAAAAGAUAGUGAUCAGUAGGGACGUGGUCUUUGAUGAGACCAAGGGCUGGUCUUGGGAGUCUGAAACUGAACCUGUAUUGACCAAAGUGACUUGGGAAGGAAGUAAUGAGCCAUGGUAUGAAUCUGAUGAGGAGGAAGAAACUGCCACUACAGAAUCAACACCAUCAGUCACACCACCAGCAGACCCAUCAACAGAACCAACUACACCAAUUCCUUCUGCAGCAACUCAAGCACCUCAGGAUGAUGGGGAGGAAGAUGAGGAUAAUGAUCCUGAUGUGCUUGGCCUUCCCAGUGGAGGAUUAGGUCCCAGAGUGAGGAAACCACCCAGCCACUUGUCAAUUUAUGACUGCACUUACUUUGCAGGCUUAGACUACUGGGCUAUGGUAACUAUCAGUGAUGAUCCUACUACUUUUGAAGAAGCUGUGCAGAAUGAGAAGUGGAGAAAGGCAAUGCAGCAAGAAAUGAUCAGCAUUGAGAAAAAUGACACAUGGAUUCUGGUGACAUUACCUGCAGGGGUGACUCCAAUUGGAGUUAAGUGGAUUUUCAAGACUAAGUUGAAGGAGGAUGGAUCUCUGGACAAAUUCAAAGCAAGGCUAGUGGCAAAAGGGUAUGCACAGAAACAUGGUAUAGACUAUACUGAAGUCUUUGCUCCUGUGGCCAGGUGGGACACAAUCAGAACCCUUCUUGCACUAGCAGCAUAUCAUGGUUUUCCAGUAUAUCAACUCGAUGUAAAUAGUGCCUUUUUACAUGGUGAGCUGACUGAGGAAGUCUACAUCGAGCAGCCUCAAGGUUUUGAAGUCAAGGGUGAGGAACAGAAGGUUUAUAAACUCAAGAAAGCACUGUAUGGGUUGAAACAGGCUCCAAGAGCCUGGUACAGUAGGAUUGAGGCCUAUUUUCUCAAAUCUGGCUUUGAGAGAAGUGAUUAUGAGCAUACAUUGUUCAUAAAGAAGUCUGGAAAUGACCUCCUGUUGGUCAGUCUCUAUGUAGAUGAUCUUAUGUACACCAGCAGCAGCUCUGAGCUCAUAGAAGAAUUCAAGAAGUCCAUGCAAGAAGAAUUUGAAAUGACAGACCUAGGGAGGAUGAAGUACUUUCUGGGAGUGGAGGUGCAUCAAAGUAAAGCUGGAAUCUUUAUCAAUCAGCAGAAAUAUGUGAAGGAGGUAUUAGAGAAGUAUGGUCUGUCAGCUUGCAAUUUUGUGAAGAACCCUUCAGCCCCUGGAACUAAACUGUCUAAAGCAGGAGAUGGGGUUCAGGUAGAUGCUACUGAGUAUAAAAGUUUGAUUGGCAGCCUGCUUUAUAUGUGUGCUACUCGGCCAGAUAUCAUGUAUUCUGUGUGCUUGUUAAGUAGAUUCAUGGAGGCACCAACAAGACAGCAUAUGUUUGCAGCUAAAAGGGUCUUGAGGUACUUAAAGGGCACUAUAAGUCAUGGCAUUUGGUACAAGAAGAAGGAUGGAAAUGAUAAGUUGGUGGGGUACACUGAUAGUGAUUAUGCAGGUGACUUGGAUGAUCGAAAGUCAACCAGUGGCUAUGUGUUCUUCAUUGCUGGAGGGGCUAUUUCAUGGGCCUCGAAGAAACAGCCAGUAGUCACUUUAUCAACCACUGAAGCUGAGUUUGUGGCUGGAUCCUAUUGUGCAGCCCAAUGUGUCUGGUUGAGGAAGAUACUAGAACAGAUGGGUUGGAAGAGCAGUGUUGAUACUGCCACAAGAGUUCUGUGUGACAGCAGCUCUGCAAUCAAGCUGUCCAAGAACCCUGUACUUCACGGCAGGAGUAAACACAUCGACGUGCGCUUUCAUUUUCUGAGGAAUUUGGCUAAGGAAGAGGUGAUUGAGAUGGAACAUUGUCGAAGUCAUGAACAAGUUGCUGAUAUCAUGACAAAAUCCCUCCAACUGGAUGCGUUUCAAACACUAAGAUAUCAAUUGGGAGUCUGUGAUGAAAGAGAGUUCGAAGAAGCAGGAGCCAACAGUGGAGAAAAGGAGCACUAAGGUCUGUGAAGGGGGAUUCAGUUCAGGGGAGGAUAAUGUUGCUGAUGAAGUGAACUGAAUCCGAAUCCGCUCUGGAAAAGGAAAGCUGCACCAGUGUUUAAGUGUUGCUUAGUUAAACUGUGUCGUUUUGGUUUGUUUCUGUUUGGUACUUAAAGUUUGUCGAGGGUUAGUAGUGAUCAUUGUUGCUGAACUAGCCGUUGCAGCUGUUUGUUGCAGCAGGGUCGAGUAGUUAGGCAGGGAGCUAUUUUCCAGGGAUCAUGGGGAUAGGGUUGUUUGUCAAAGCCGAGUUUGAGGGCUGUAGUUGAGAGUCCUCUGUAUAUAUUUCAAUUCCAAUCAAUGAAUAAAGGCGUCAGUUUGCA